GGAAACUGCCAGAGGCCAGCGCCAAGCCAUGGGGGGCGCGGGCCGCCAGAGGCGCGCGGCAGCGCUUGCUGCCCUAGCCGCGGCGCUCGUGGCGCCGCUGGCUUUCACGGCCGCGCACUGGCAGCAGCGCCCAUCUGGGCUUGCGCGAGCGCCGCCGCCGGUGGCGUCUUCGAGCCUGCGCCCAGUGACGUCUGCGAGCCCACGCGACGGCAGCAAGGUGCCGAGGGGGCCCCGUUUCCAGGGCAUCAGCUCCCCUAUGAGGCAGGACAAGCUGGAGGCCAAGAUGGGGUUGUACCAGUACGAGUUCGAGGAGGAACGAGACGGCGGGAUGUAUGACAUUAUCAAGUAUCCUCUGCUUACAGAGAAGGACGCCUGCAUGCUGAUGGAAGAGUACAACACGUACACGUUCCUGGUUGACCGCCGUGCCAAUAAGCCACAGGAGGGGAAUCAGAGCUGCAGUCGAGACUGUCUUCGGCGUGAAGGUGAAGAAGUGCAACACCCUCAUCCCCAUGGCAAAGUUCACCAGGGAGUUCGGCAGGAAGAUCGGAAGGAAGUCUGUCUACAAGAAGGCGUACUGUGA